AUGGAAUACUGGAGCCCGAUGGCAACACAACAAAUAUGGAUGACUGCUUGGGAGUUGAAAAUCUUAUUGAAACUGAAUAUGUUGAGCCUGAUGAAGAAGCUAGGAUGUUCGCCCACCAAGAUGUUGACUUUGAAUCCUACCGAGUUGAACGACGUCACACUGAUGGAACACCAACAAAUGAUCCUAAUGAUAGGGCUUACAUUAACCUUCCCAAAAAUCACCAUGUCCUUAGAAAAGUUAGGGACUGUCUCCACUGUGGAGCAUUGCGGUUUCAAUACGAGGGACCUGCAUUUUGUUGCAGAAAGGGGAAAGUAGAUUUAUUUACUCCCGAGGUCCCAGACGAGUUGAAACGGUUGUUCACAAGUCAACGUGAUGACGAUGCUAAACAUUUUCGAGACAAUAUUCGGUAUUUCAACUCUCACUUCUCAUUCACAAGUCUUGGAGUCACCCUUGAUCGUCAAGUAAGCACUGCAGCAAGAACCGGCGUAUAUACCUUUCGUGCUUGUGGGGGGUUGUACCACGCUCUUGAUGAGCUGGUGCCGGCUGAUAAUGGCCCUAGGCAUUUGCAACUCUAUAUUUAUGAUACAGAUCAUAACUUGGGGCACAGGACUAAUAGGUCUCCAGAUCUAGAUAUAGAUCUCAUACGGAAAAUUCUGGGAAUACUAGAGCAGAACCCUUAUGCACAGGCUUUCAAGAGCCUUGGGUCUGUUCCGAAUCUAGAUGAGUACAAGAUCUCACUAAACACAGAUAUCAAGUUGGAUCAACGUAGGUACAAUGCCCCAACGACUUCUCAGGUGGCAGAGAUAUGGGUUGAAGGGAGUGAUCCACAAAACUAUUUUGACAGGAGUGUUGUCGUGCAUGCCAAAAAAGGAGACCGACCACUCUAUAUUAGAGCAUACUAUGGUUGCUAUGACCCAUUGUCAUAUCCACUGUUUUUACCAUGUGGGGAGACUGGUUGGAAUCGUUGGAUGCCGUAUGUUCAGGCCCCCGAUGACACCACCCAAUUUCCAGCGCAUAAUUCUGGACCACAAGAAAACGGCACCUCUGAUUUACAUCCAGAUGAAAACUUGAUUAAUGGAAGGGAACGAGUUGGCACCUUUGUGCCAGAUGAAGACCGGGUCACUGGUUUACAUGCAGAUGAGGAUUUAAUUAAUGAAAGGGAACAAGUUGGCAAUUUUAUGCCAGAUGAAGGCCAAGCGACUGAUCUACAUGCAGAUGAUAAUGAGGAUAUCCAAGAUGAGGAUUUUGGUGACAAUGAGGUCAAUGCAACACAAUCCAGGAAAUUUGUUAGUGCAAGGGAGUACUACUGCUUCAAGCUACAGGUCAGGAAGAAGCUUUUUAACAUCAUCUUGUUUGGUGGGCGCCUUUUCCAACAGUGGGCGGUUGAUAUGUAUAUCAAGAUUGAGACUAUGAGGCUGGACUGGUACUCAAAGCCAGAAAAUCAAAAAGUUAUACGAGCUGAUCUCUACCAGGUAUGGUGCUUUUGUUUAUUCCAAUACAUCGUAAUACAAGAACAUUUUGAAAAUCAUGCCUUUUCCAUAACCUUGUAUACUCUUACAGGGUCUUGUUGACACCAUCGUUGCCGGCGAGUCACGCGGUGAUCGAAUUGGCAAGAGAAUCGUGCUUCCACGUACGUUUCCUGGUGGUGAUCGCGACAUGGAGCGGAGGUUGCUGGAUGCGAUGGCAAUAGUCCAACGGUGGGGUAAACCGGAUUAUUUUAUCACGAUGACUUGCAAUCCCUAUUGGGAGGAGAUAACCCAUAAUCUGAUGCCUGGACAACUGCCACAAGACCGUCCAGACCUUGUGGCAAGAGUAUACAAGGCUAAACAACGAGAUAUGAUGGACUUGCUAACUAAGGGUAAGCAUUUCGGAGAAGUCGCAGCUUAUGUACAUGUCACGGAGUUUCAGA